GUGUGGGAACUGAAGUGUUCUGUUCUGCAAGGGCACUGAAAGGUCCUGUGUGUCACCACUCAGCUGCUCUUCAGCUUUCAUGUGGAGGAGACACCUGUAAGAAUGCGAGUGAAGUUUGUUUUCCAUGACCUUUAUGCCGUUUUCUCGCAGUGCCAAGAAAGAUGCAAGAUUGUGGUGGCAGGGUUUUUUUAGGGUGUGAGGAGUUGUAAUGUGCUGAUACGUUGACAUUGGUGGGUGUAUUUUUGGUACUACCUAUGUCAGAAGAAGUAGUUGCAGAGGUUCUGUGUACUGUUAAUUCAAGAAGCAGCCCAAAUUUUGAUUUGGGCUUCAUUCAAGAGCGGUCUCAUUAUCCUUUUACAGAUAAUUGUUUUGGUCAUAAUCUUAGUCUUAUUACCUUGUGACUUUAAUUGGCUGCUUUGUGAAAUUCUCAGGCUGCAAGUAAUUCUAUUUUGUUCAGCUGUAUUACUGAACUUGCAACACUGAUACUCAGAAAAAGUCUUCCCAGUAACUGAUUGACUGAAGUGUUGUGAAUGCAUAACUUUUGAGCUCAGGAGGCUUAUACACUUAUACCUGGAAGAAAACAGAUUGUAGGUAAUAAACUGUAGCAGUUUGAGCCCUUUUCUUAGUUUAAUUGUCAUGCAUACUGAUGCCUGUGCUUUACUGUAAAAUAGAAGUUAGAGCAGUUGGUGUGGCUGUUGUUAACUGUGCUGCUAUGCUAGUGAAGGAUAGGAAGAAUAUAUUUUAAUGAAAAUGUCUUUUUAAUCUUUUCAGGAAGUAUUCUCAAAUUUGAUGGCUUAGUUAUAAUAGGAAUGCAGUCAGUAUGCUGCCCAGUUCUUAAUUGCAUACUCCAUCAUGUAAUUGGGAACAUGGCUGUCAGAUAUGCCUAUUUUUGGUUUUGAAUCCAGAUGUUCUUACUGGAAUAUUAUUCAACACACAAAAGUCCAGUCCUGGCAUAAAGUAUCAUGUGAAAAAAACACGUGAAGCACCAAGAACAUUGCCAUAACCAUUAAAGGAUAUAAUGCAGAAUCCGUUAACAAUUUCUGCAGGUGGUGGUUUUUUGCAUGCUAAUCCUGCAGAGAAACAUUGUGUCCAACAAAGUAUGCUGGGUCAGCAAAAGCAAGAAACUUGUGCUGGAAAGACAGUAUCCACAGAUAAACACAAACCCCCUUUGGAUAUAAUACAAAGUUUUCAGAAGAAAAGUCAGUUUAGGACCAUUGCUCCAAAAAUGGUACCAAAAAUUUUAACACCUGGAGUGGUUUCUUGUCUUCAGUCUUCUUUGCCUGAGCCAAACACACCGAUUUCAGCUGCAGGUUCUAAACCACUGGUGGUACCAGCUCAGAACUACACUGUCAUGCAGGUGGCUGGUCAGAAGGGGACAUUUUCCCUGCUGGCUGUGCCGUAUGUUGCUCCUGCUUUAACACAGCAAGCCCAGCAGUCAAAUGUGGCCCCCUCUGAAAACCUAAAGCUGCCUAUCCCUAGGUACCAGUCUGUAAGGAAUAAAUUGCUAGGUGACAAAAAAUUGGCGAAAAUCUCUGGUUUGGGUGCACAUAAGAAGAUUCCUACGAAAGCAUUGGUCUCAUCACAGACUUCCCCUGUGACUACUGUAACUGAAGGCUGUCCUGAAACUCACUCUAGUUCAGAUUCAACUGAGCAAGCAACGCUGACAGACUGUGACUCAUCUGAAAUUGCAGUUGCCACAGUAGUAAAUAAAAGCAACUGUGUGGAAUCUGGACCUCCUUUAAUGAACAAAACUGAAAUUGCUAACAAUAAGAUUUCUGUACCGUCUGUAGUUAAAGAUUCUUUAUCCAAGCCAGCAAGUACAAUUAAUCCCCCGAAACUAAGUCUGCGCUCUGUGAAGACAGCAUCGGAAACCACAAGAAAGUCAGUCAUGACAUGUGAGAAACGAAAGGAAAAACCCACAAAUUCUGCAAAUCCUGUUACUGUCUUGUCACCAGCAGUUCUUGGCAGCACAAUACAGAUGAAUCCAUCAGCACCAAAAGGAAAACUUCCUAUUUUGCCUUACUCAAGGAUGAAAAAUUCACUGUUUUGUAAAUCUAAGCAGAAUAUUAAUGUUAUGGAUGUAUCUGAUCCUUCACUAAGAUCUGAAUGUGAAAAGACACCAGCUUUGACAAAAACCAAAGCAUCUGAUAAGCAAUUAGCUGUGUCAUCUACACAAGUCCCCAAACAAACUGUUCGAGAAAACACCUUCUCUCCGUCCAGUGAAGUGGAUGUCGACAGUCUUAAAAAAUUGAACAGUGCAACCUCUAAAAAAAGAGGCAGGAAAAGAAGAGCCUCGGAUGAUUUAUUGGCUUUUCAGACCAAGCGAAGGAAAUGCAUCAUUAAUAAGUUUAGAGAAGGAAGAGAGAGGGAGAAGGUUGAUAUUCAGACACCUGAAGACAAAAAAGCAGAAACAGUGAAAAAAUACCGUAGUAUUAGACCAAAACCGGUGGUAGUUGUGCAGACCUUCACACCACUGACUUCUCCAGCAACAGUAGAGACAACACCUCGUGUCCAUUCAGAGCAAGCUGUUCCUUUAAAUGGUUCACUUGCCAGCAAAUAUUUGACUUACAAGCAAAGUGAUGCUACAUCAGCUAAAUCAAGUGAUUCAAGUAGAAAUGCGUGUUCAGCCACACCUAAGCCACUGCACAGAUGUCCUGUUUGUAACCAUACCUUCCAGUUCAAACACCAUCUCCAGGACCACAUGAACUCACACACGAAGAAACGGCCCUACAUCUGUCGGAUUUGCCGGAAAGCGUAUAUCCAUUCUGGGAGGCUCAGCACACAUAUGAAGCUUCAUCACAAUGAAAGCAAACCCAAAAAGCUGGUGUGCUGUGAAUUCUGUGCUAAAGUUUUUGGCCAUGCAAAAGUGUAUUUUGGCCACCUCAGAGAAGUCCACAGGGUUGUUAUCAGCACUGAGCCCUCUCCUAGCGAGCAACAGAUGCAAGAUGCUUUAAAGAAGAGAGACACGAAUAUAAAAGAGACAGAAGAAGCUACAGAGAGAGGAAAUAAGUGCAAUCUUGAGGACCUAUUUCAUAACCCGGGAGGAGUGAAAAUACAGGUCAAAUGUGGCCGAUGCCAGUUUAUUGCACAGUCUUUUGGUGAAAUGAAGUUCCACUUACUGUGCUGUCAUGGAGAAGAGAUUCAGGGAAGGGUAAAGGAAGGGGGUUUGCAAGGAAAUAAAGGAGCGAAAGGGGAACUGAUCAAACAUACAACCCACUUCUGGAAACAGCACAACGAGAGAAGACAUUUAGCAAAAUGCAGUGCCCGUGAGGAGGAGCUUUAUACUUUUCAAAAACUGAAAAGACAGAUAUACUUUCAACAUCAAAAUAAUGUCAAUAUUUUACCAAAAGGCGAAGUGACUCAAGCAAGAAGUGGAGAAACCACCAAGGAGAUGCAAAAUAUGGGGUUUGGUACAGCAAACAAGAAAAUGGAAUUUUGGUCUAAAGCAGGCUAUAACUGCAUUUUAUGCAAACAGUUAUUUGGAAAAAAAGAGGAUCUUUUUAGUCAUUGGCAGAGUCAUCAUAAUUGUGAAGACCCUUCCACUUUAUGGACAAUUUUUAGUUUAGUAUCAAAAGAAGGGAUUAUUGAAUUUUCUAAUAAUGGUGAAUGUUGAAGCUCAAUUCUGCAAUGCUAUGAACAACAUCAACUACCUUAGCAAAUUUUUUAGGUUUUUUCACUGUUUUGCUAAACUAACUCAACAGAAGUAUCACUUCAAAGUUUUGUUGGGUGGGUUUGUUGUUUUUUUUGUUUUUUUUUAAAGUUAUACUAAUCUUUAUUUUGGUGAAUAGAAAAUAUAUUUAUUCAUUGUCAUUCCAGAUGGGUACUUGGAAGCUGAUUGUGAAACACUGUACUUAAUAUUUGUGUUUAAGGAACUUCAUAGCAGCAAAUACCCAAUACUAAUGGUUAACAUCAAAGAAAAAGAUUUUAGAGUUAAAUUAUACUGUACACACAGAAAUAAAUCAAUUUAUAUGAAGCAAUCUUAAUCUUGAAUGAAAUGACAAAACCCACUGUAAGUGUAAUUUCAGUCCCAAUCGUGCUUCCAAAUUUUGUGGUAAAUACAUGUUUCCCUGCAGUUCUGUUGGUUACUUGUGCAUACAUGCAACUGGCAUUCAAGAGUUUUAUGAUCUGUAAUUUCAGAACUUUUCAUUCUGGUUUCCUUGAUUUCAGUGUCUUCAGCCAUGUUUAUUGCUUGCAGGCCUUUUUGUUGUUAAAUUCCGUCCUGGAAAUAGCAAAGAUUUUGUAUUUUAUAAAUAAAAACUCUACAUACA